AGGCCCAGGUGGAGGGAGAGAUCUCGCUUCUGGGAGGCUCUGUGUUAUUGAGUUCCUGUCUCUUUAAAUCCUAGUGGAGAGACUGGGGGCUGAGAGCGCUUUGGACCUAGCCCUCUCUAGAGGCAGGAUUUUCAUAAACAUUAGGGAAUCGGGGAGAAGAGGGAAUGAGGGUCUUAUUUCCAGGCCCGUCGGAAAACGGGGAGCCCCAUCUUCUCUGAUAGAGCUUCUCAUCUUCCUCCCCUCCCGAACCUCAGGCACGCCUGAGCAGAGCCCGAGGCGCCGGAGCGCUUCCAAGGCAGCGAUAGGAGCGGGUCGGCAGGCAGGCAGACCCGCCACGCGUGAGCUUUGCAGCUGGGGCGAGGCGAGGAGGGGUGGGGCGGGGGAGAGGGAGGCAGCUCCCACCCUCGCUGUCUUCUAGGGUGAGGGGCGUGAGUGCCUGUGUGUGUGCGCGCCCGUGUGCCAAUGGGGCUGCGUGUGCGUGUGUGCGCCCUCGCGGGAGUGUGAGUGCGUGAGAGCGCGCGGCGGGCAGGCGGGCGGGCAGAGGGAGAGACACCCAGCCACUGACUGCUGCAUUGCUGCUGAGCCACGACUUGCUCAGCCCCCAAUAUGCGGCCGUUGCUGCCGCUGCCACCACCGCCGCCGCCGCCGCCGCUGCUGCUGCUGAGAGGCCCGCGAUCUGGUGGAGAUCAGCAGCAGAGCGGCGGCUGCAGGUGGAGAGCAGCGCGGUGGGCUUGAGCCGGGUCGGGCUGUCUUCUCCCUCCCCUUCCCUUCUUCCCCUCCCCCCCUUGCUCCCCGGCCCCCCCCUCCCCCUUCCCGCCUGCCAGCCCGCCCGCCGCGGGUCCGCGCCAGGGAUUGGCACCGGCUUCUCCCCGACCCUUAUUUAUGAUGCUUUUUUUCUUGGGUGCUCUGCCUGUGAUGGUUUUUAGGCGGAGCCGUUUGCACCAAAAACUGUAGCAACUGCUCCCCCUUCUCUCCCCCCUCCCCCCAUCCCUUUCCUUCCCCUUCCCUCCUCCCCUCCGAUACUGGAUCAACAGCAGAAGAGGGACCGGUCGGGAUCCGCGCAGAUAGACAAUGAAUAAUCGCAAGAAAUUGACUUGAAUUUCCCCGAAGCCGGCGUCGCCGCAGCUGGAGACGGCUCUCUUUUUUCUUCUUUUUCUUAUAUUUUCUUCUUUAAAGGCAGAGGGACCACAGAAAAACGAUUUGUUUCUUGUACCUUGUUCCUUUCCCCCUCCUUUUCUUUUUCACCUUUUGGGGGAUUUGCAAACCGAAUUACAUGCAUGUCCAGUGGGGGUAGGUUUAAUUUUGAUGAUGGAGGGUCCUACUGUGGAGGCUGGGAGGACGGCAAAGCGCACGGCCAUGGGAUCUGCACUGGCCCCAAAGGCCAAGGAGAAUACACCGGCUCCUGGAGUCAUGGCUUCGAGGUGCUGGGGGUCUACACCUGGCCCAGCGGCAACACGUACCAGGGCACCUGGGCGCAGGGCAAGCGUCAUGGAAUCGGCCUGGAGAGCAAGGGGAAGUGGCUGUACAAGGGAGAGUGGACGCACGGCUUUAAGGGACGCUACGGGGUCCGGGAGUGUACCGGCAACGGGGCCAAGUACGAAGGCACCUGGAGCAAUGGAUUACAGGAUGGUUAUGGGACUGAGACCUACUCGGAUGGAGGGACAUACCAGGGUCAGUGGGUUGGUGGAAUGCGCCAAGGCUAUGGCGUCCGGCAGAGCGUCCCGUACGGCAUGGCUGCGGUCAUCAGGUCACCCCUGAGGACAUCCAUCAAUUCACUGCGGAGCGAGCACACCAACGGCACAGCGCUGCACCCGGACGCCUCACCUGCCGUGGCUGGCAGCCCUGCGGUGUCCCGGGGGGGCUUCGUCCUUGUGGCUCAUAGUGAUGCCGAGAUCCUUAAGAGCAAGAAGAAGGGCCUUUUCCGUCGGUCCCUGCUGAGUGGCUUGAAGCUGCGGAAGUCCGAAUCCAAGAGCAGCCUGGCCAGCCAGAGGAGCAAGCAGAGUUCCUUCCGCAGCGAGGCUGGAAUGAGUACCGUGAGCUCUACUGCCAGUGACAUCAACUCCACCGUCAGCCUAGGGGAGGGGGAGGCUGAGUUGUCCGUCAUUGAAGAUGACAUCGAUGCCACCACGACCGAGACUUAUGUGGGCGAGUGGAAGAAUGACAAACGUUCUGGCUUUGGGCUGAGCCAGCGAUCAGACGGACUGAAGUAUGAGGGGGAAUGGGCGAACAACAAACGCCAUGGCUACGGGUGCAUGACUUUCCCAGAUGGUACCAAGGAAGAAGGGAAAUACAAGCAGAAUAUUCUGGUGAGCGGAAAGCGCAAGAACCUGAUUCCACUGAGGGCCAGCAAGAUCCGGGAAAAGGUUGACCGAGCUGUGGAGGCAGCGGAGCGAGCAGCCACCAUCGCCAAGCAGAAAGCGGAGAUUGCGGCUUCCAGGACCUCCCACUCUCGGGCCAAGGCGGAGGCGGCCCUCACCGCGGCUCAGAAAGCCCAGGAAGAAGCCCGGAUGGCCAGGAUCACUGCCAAAGAGUUCUCGCCUUCCUUCCAGCACAGGGAAAAUGGACUUGAAUGUCAGAGGCCAAAGCGUCAGAAUUCGAACGACGAUAUCGAGGUGAUCUCCACAGGGACCCCAUUGCAACAAGAGAGCCCUGAGCUGUACCGGAAAGGCACAACCCCUUCCGACCUCACCCCUGAUGACAGCCCCCUCCAGAGCUUCCCUGCCAGUCCCUCCAUCACGCCACCACCGAUCCCUGCCUCCCGAAACAAGAGCGCCCACUUCUCCAGGCAGAUCUCCGUGGAUGAAGAGCGAGGUGGGGAGAUCCAGAUGUUGCUGGAGGGCCGGGGAGGGGACUACCUAAGACCCAACAGCUGGAGCGAGGAGAAGGUAGGGGGGGCAAGAGGGGUGCGGAGUGGUGCCCUGCGGAGCUGCCAGCCAGGGGAUGACUACCGUGGCCGCAGCUCGGGUCACAAACAUCCGCCAGGGAACCACAAGCCCCGGGAGAGGUGGGCAGAUUCCCCCACCCCAUUCUCAUGGACUUCCCACCACCGCUCCAACAACCACAGCUCAGGGAGCACGAGGCUGCUGGAGUUGGAUGAAAAGCUCAGCAACUAUGAGAUGGAGAUGAAGCCCCUCAUGAGGAUGGAUUCUUAUAUGCAAGAGGUUCACACCCAAAAAAGACACUAUAGCAAAGCGGGCGCCUGCCGGAGCUUGGUGGAGGAUCACCGCUCCGACGAUCGGGGUUUCGGGGUGCAGAGACUGAGGUCCAAGUCCCAGAAUAAGGAGAAUUUUAGGCCGUCAUCUUCUGCUGAACCCACAGUUCAAAAACUGGAAAAUUUGCGGCUCGGGGACAAAGCCGAGCCCCGGCUGCUGAGAUGGGACUUAACCUUCUCCCCACCCCAGAAAUCCUUACCUGUUGCACUAGAAUCUGAUGAGGAAAAUGGAGAUGAGCUGAAGUCUAGUACGGGCUCAGCUCCUAUUCUGGUAGUCAUGGUGAUCUUGCUAAACAUUGGAGUCGCCAUUUUGUUUAUUAACUUUUUCAUCUAAUGAGAUUGUCUUAGCAAAAAAUAACAGUUCUACGUAUGGAUGGGGGAAGGGAAAGGAAAACCCAACACAAAAGGGAACGAGCAUAACUCUGACUGUCCAACAACUUCCAAGUCUUUUCACAGAAGAACAACAUGAUUGGGUAUCACUCACAGUUUGCCUUUUUUUCUGGGUAAUGUUUUUUGGAUUUUAGCCAAAAUUCUUUGCUUGUAUAACACUAUGCUGUGUGACAUGGCAGAAGGUGGCCGACACACCAGCCCUCCCAGCUAGACACGGAAAGAGAAGAGAAGGAAUCUUGGGAAAUCAACAGCAAAAAAAUCAAAUCACCUUUGUCAUCAUCGUCACCGUCACAACAAGGACGACGAGCUGCUGCCAGUCGGUGGAGGAAAGAAGCGGCGGCAGAAAGGCAAAGUCCCAGAGGAACGUCUUAUUUUGAGCUGGAGCGAGCAAGGAGAAGGAAGCAACUCAAGACACCGGGAUCAGCGUUGGGAAAUGGAAAGAAAGGCAGUUGGUACUUUCUUUUCACUCUCAGCUCUGAGAUAUCCUAGUGACAAGCGUUUAUGGGAACAGAACACAGGGAACAGAAGCUGUCUUUUCCAGCCCUUUUUUUAGUCUUUAAAUGGGCACAUAGAUCUAUUCAGGGGUGAGGGGAGAAACGCCUUCCCCUUUUCCACCCAUCUAAAUUAAUUAAUCUUACCAUUUUCCAGCACUGCCCUGUGAGUAGACCCUAACUCAUACCUUGGGUUUUAACUAGACACAGAUGUGUACAGACACAUCUGGACCAGUGGUUAAUUUUUUUAAAUUUGGCAUCAAGUUCCCUAAUCCAGGUGUUUUCCCUUGCUUCCUUGUCACCCACACGCCAGCUCCUAGGGGGAAACCAUGCUACCAGAGGUCCAGGAGUUGGAUUCAGGUCCAGACUGGAGUGUCUAGAUGGGAAACCAGGGCAGUUAUUCAGAAAAAGGAAUGCAUUCGGUGUGUCUGGUGCAUCUUGUCAUGGACAGUUUCUGACAUCAUGCUUGGGCUCAGAGCAUGUGGUAUUUUUGCACUUUGUAUGCAGGAUGUAUAUUCAGGCUUCCAACAUGUCCCUUGUACGCCAUCAUUGGUAAUGACAGCCCCUUAAGGAUGUAUUGUUUUCUACGAUAAAUGUCACUUAAGUUCACUGGUUUUACCAUCUUUGUAAUAAUGCCUGCCUUGAUUUCCCCACUGGUAGAUAUGCAUAGACAUUAAAGAUGCACUAUCCCUGUUCUGAAGCUGUUUGGGUCCCAAUAACAGGAUUGUGUUUUUAAAAUUCAGUGGCUCAAAAAAACCCAACAAAUAAUUCUUGAGUUCAUUAAAAAAAAACACGACCAACAACAAAGAAACCAAACUAUUUCCCUCCCCAAACCCCCCUCAAAAAAAAAUAGAAAAAAGAAAAGAAAGCCAAAACACACAACCUGAGUGUUGUUUCAGUCAGAGCAGGAGGUACAGUGUGUUUCUGCCUACUCUGCCAGUGUGGCUCCACGAUCUGACCAAAAUCCUAGGCAAGACCCCCGUGUCUGACUGUCCCUCUCGGAUCGGUAGUUCUUAGCGGUAACACCUUGACAUGCCCGUGCGUGUAUGUAUGUAAGUGUCUCCAAUGAGUGUGGACAGAUCCAUAGACAAACACCUCAGUUUCACAUUGGGGAGAUCCCUUUGCAAAGGAUUCCACGUACAACGUUGUUGGGUACAGCCCAGACUUCCGGACUCUGCUUUGCUUCUCUUUAGCUGUUUUUCUGCUCUGUUUUAAGCAGAUUUCUUUAUUACACUGCACUGGAUUGCUAUAUUUUUAACCAGAAAUAAACUAAAGAUUAGAGCAUGUUCCAUUUAAGUUUAGUUCUUUUCCUUACACACUCACACACAUACCCCCACCCACUCACACACGUACACCAUCCUUCUCAUGGUUUUGUUUAGUUUGAGGGUCUUUGGGGGGGGAGAAGAAGGGAGGGGACAUAGGAGGAGAGAGGAUCAGUAAUACAAAUACAUUUCUGACCAUUUGCUUUCUAAAGGGAUAUUACAUCUUUUGUACAUCUUAAUUUUCUGUUCCUCUUUUUUAAUAUCGAGUGGUUGCUGCAGAACCUGGAGUGAACCAAAUAAAGAUUCUUGUUACUUGCAGCUCUGCGAAUCAUACAUGCUGGGAUAUGUGUUUUGUAAUUCUGUUUGCAACUCUUUGUAAAGAUUAUCGAGACUUCUUUUGUACAUUCCAGUAACUGCAUGCCACCAAAUGGUACCUACCAAUGCAGGUUACAUAUUUACAUGCAAACACCAUACAAUAUUUAGAUAUGUAUUAAAAAAGCGACAGCACAAAAAUGCCUAUCAUUCAAUACAAGAACUAGUGGUUUCAUGCCUAGGGACUUCACACUGGUGACUGACUGUUUUCCAUUACCACCUUUCCUGGCUGCCAGUGAAUUAAAUUGUGGAUGCCCAAUGACUACCCCAGGGCUUUGGUUUGGGGGUCAUUCUACCCCCUAGACUGGACCAUUUCCCCUCAUUCCAAAAAUGACGGAAAGGACUGACUCAGACGGAGCCUGCGAAGCAUUCUGCCAGGGUCUGAAAGACUCCUGAAGAGUAGCUUUAAUUGGUUUCCAAAACAAUGUGAUUAAAAGUGAGGAUGAGUUGAUUAAUCGUUGCAGGUUGAACCCUUUAAGAUAGCACCUGCUUGUCACACCUUGCCCAGAGCCUCAGAUUUCCCUGACAGCUCCAUCACUCAUCACUUCCUCCACCAAUGCCUACCCAACCUGCUUCUCUCCAUCUCUUGCCUGAGUAAACACAUGCUUCUCUCACCAGAGGAAGGGAAACAAGAGUUCCUGGGUGGGUGGUGUAACAUGGAAGGACUCCACACUAGCAGCUAGCUCCCAGUGGCCCAAAGCAUUUAAAAAUUUUUUAAUUAAUACCCAAAGCAAUCCUGUAAGACAGGUGCCAUUGUCCCUGUGCUGCAAAUGUGAAAGCUAAGGCACAGAAAAGUUAAAGGACUCGCCUGAGAGGCCAUCGAAUCGACUCUAGGAGUGGAGCCAGGCUUUGAAACAUGGUUCUCUAGAUCACGUAUUUCAAUCAGACUUUAAAGGGGAAAAUGAUUGUUUUGUUUUGGAAAGAGCACACAGAAAGAAACUUGGAAAAUCAGCAACCCUAAUCAUCAUCCUGAAAACAAAGCAUUUUAUGUUGGUCAUUUUUGUUAUUCUCUUUCCACUUAGCUAAACCCAACCCUUGACUGAUCAUGGGUUAGUCCAAAUAUAUAAAAAAAAAAUAACUUAGAAAUGAGUCUGGUGAAAUGACAAAAAAGGAGAACCUGUGAAAGGAUUCACUUUUAAAAGGCGUUUCCUAUAGGAUUUAGUUGAGUUGUUUGGCUUAUCUGUGCCUCAGUUUAUCUACUUUUCUUACCUCGAAAACUUGAGGAUUUUCAUAAUUUGUAUUUUCAGGUUUAUUUGUGCCUUUUGAAUUUGAUUUCCUGCAUAGGAAAUGUUUGAAUAGUUGAAAAUGCUCCUCAUCCAUUCAUUCUCUUGGACUCAUGUUCUACAGUCAUCAGCCAAGAUGGCAUGAAUGGUGUGAUGUAUGUAAAAUAAAGAUUAUGGACCAGCAAGGCUCGGCAGCCAGACAAGAGGUCAGUGUGGCUUCCCAAGAACUGAGAACAAAUACACUUUAGCAAAUCACUAAGGGGGGAAAAAUCCCAGAAACACAAGGGCUUACUGAACUGAUUUUUCUAAAGUGACCCUUAUCCCUUUCAAACAAAUGCUAACAUCCUCUGUUUUGUUUUGUUUGAGUCAAAACUUCCCUGGCACGAUAUGAUUAGACAUACUGGUCUCAAGCUAAUUCAUUGAGAUUUUCCCAUAGCCACUGGAAAAGAGUCUUUUGGUAAAAUCACAAGACAAGAGGCCAUUAAUUCAAUUCUAGACACCAGAUUUUUGUUCCUUUGGCUUGUGAUGCCAAAAUCAAUGAUAGGCCACCCUGUGUUGGAAAUGUCCAACUAAAGCUUCCAUUUUGGAUUGACUGCAGUGCGUAGGUAGCUAUCUUGCAGGAGAUCCAUGGGAUGGAGUUGUCUGUCAUUUGAUUUUCAAAAAUAAUUUCCAUAAAACAUGAGCUAAUGUGUUAUACUUCAAGUAAAGCUUUUGUCCUUGUAAAAAUGAAAGGGACAAGAAAAAACCUUCCUGCUGGUUCAUCUCCUAUCUUCCCAAUAACAUAAUGCCUAUGCCAUCUGAGGUGGCUCAUCAGAAGAGAGCUCUCCUUUGGUGACCAUUUUGCUAGUUUCCCCUUCAUUGUGUUUCCCCAUCUCUAAUUUGAAAUGUCUUCAUGGUACACACGUCUAGCUUGUUUCUUCCUGUUCUGCCUUUAAGCACAGAUGGAACUAAAGGUUAUCAUCCUUUGUGCAAUAAUUUGUAUUUUCUUUCCGAGGUUAAAUCCCAUUUUUUUAACUCUUUAAGAGAAUCUGUCUUCCAAUAUUUCUACUUUUCUUUCGUUCAGGGAAAAUAAGGGAAAGGUGCCUCUCUAAAGUUGUGCAAAAUAUCUGCUCCACUAACUUUAACCAACUACUUGAUACAGUGGAGAAGAAACAAAUACCAGCAUUUCCAUCAUACCAAGUUAAGAUAGAUAGGGGUUCUUCAUCUUUUUGUGUUCUGGACCCCUUGGGCAGUCUGGUGAAAUCUACAGACCCCUUUUCAGAAUAACACUUUUCGAUGCCUCCAAUAAAACAGCACUACAAAGGAAACCAAAGGUUAGAGAAAAUUAAAAUGGUAUUUUCCCCGCCCCCAGACUCUCCUAGGUUAAAAAGCUGAGAUAGAGUAAUUCUUAUAUAUAAUAUAUUCAACAAUCACUCCCUGGGCGGGGGCGAGGGGGGGAGACAUAAAAAUUUGCUUUUUAUUCCGUUAAUAACACUUAUGUGCAUGGAGCCAAAAAGCCAGUUCGUGGCUGAAAUGUUGGCCUGUUCAAGAAAGAUCAGCUUAAGGUGUUAGUAAUAUUAUUGCCUCACCUCUGGCUCAGUGUGUGACCUAGAUGUUACCUAGAAUUAAAGGGUAAACAAAAUUAAUCCUUUGCCAUACAUAAAUAGAAAAGUCCUAAGCAGCAUUGCUAAGUCUGCCUUAAAUGUUGCAAGGGGGGUGGGAGGGGAGGGGGAAUGUGCAGUUGCCUUGACUUAAGCAAUGCUUUUGAAAAACCCAGAGCCCCAGGGCCUAUCCAUGUACAUGCCUGGAAAGGAUGUGGAAGUAUAGACUAUGAAAAAGAAGAGGCGAUGAGAAGCAGCAGCUGGUCUGGUGGCUUUGUUUCCGGGAAGGAUGGGAAGGUUCUUCUGAGUAGAAAGUGGAAGGUGUUUGAAGGAUUUUGAGAAGACUUGGCAGCUGAAGAUAUUGAGAAAAAAGAUGGCCUGCCAUCUUAGGGAGUUCAUUCUGUUGCUUGAUGGAGAUUUUCAGGUUAAAAAAAAAAAUCCCUGGAUGGGUACAUUGGCCACAGAAGUGAUUAUUUGGCUUUUGCAUAGAUAAAUGGUUUAAUGCCUCGCCUAUGGAGAGCAACCAAUUGUAUAGCAAAAUUAGGGCCUGCUUGAGAGGAGCAAAUAGUGUUUGUUUCAGUGCUUAGUAGCAGAUUGGCAGCACCAGAGGCAUUAUUUUGUUCUGAGUUUUUCCUAUGCCAGUCUUUGUGGGCAGAUGGAGGAGCCUGAAAUCGGGCACAGGCCCAGUACUUUGCAAGGAAAGGCGCCCUGGCCGUAGGAGUCUGCUUAACAUAAGACUGCCUCAGCUUUAUUCAAUUCUAUACACUCCAAUCAUUUACUGAAUGACUGUUCCUUGCAAGAUCUGGCCAAGCUAUCGGGUAUCAGACCCAGGAUAACAAAAGGUCAAGGGAGAGAAUGGGUGCCACUUUACAUCCCUACCUCAUUUCUGGCUCUUUUCUACUGUUUGCUGGGAAAAUGAUGAUCCUCUAUUCUGGAGGAAAGGUGAGAAUUUAGUGGAUUAUCAAGUCAACAUGUCCUCAAUAAGAUAUGGCAACUGGGAGAAAUACCAUGAUCUCAGAUUGUAUUGAAAAGCAUCUGAUCUCGCUGUCCUUGGUCCUGAUCUGGCCACACCUAGAGUACUGUAUUCCAUUCUGGGUGCCAUAUUUUAAGGACAUUUUUCAACUAGGCAGAGUGUGGAGGAAGGCAUUGAGGACUGUGGAAGAGUCCUUAAGUCCAUGCCAUACUGAACAAAAUAAGCCUAAGAAGGAAAAACUUAGAGGGGAGCAUUAUUAUACCUAUAUGGUUAUCAUGUGGGGGAAAAAGACAUUUGUGGAGCUUCAGAACAAUGGAUUCAAGUUGCAGGGGCAUAGUUGGGGUCAGUAUAAAGGAAAAACUUAAGAAAUAAUUGGAGCUGUGCCAUAUGUAAGGUGAAUGUCCUAAUAUUCAGGGGGGAGAGCCUCCUCCCAGAAGAUCUUCAGGAGAGACUGGAGGACUCUUUAUCACGGGUCUCUUACACAGGUGAAACCUCUGAGGUCUGUCACUUUCUGCAAGGGGUAGAAUACUCUCCUUGGAAGGGGAUAGAUUCCCCACUCUAGCCUCAAAAUCUUCACAGGGGAGAGAGAGAUGGCCACUACCUAAUAUGCAGAGAAGUCUAUUGGGGUAUGGUUGGGCUAGAUACCCUCGAGAUCCCUUCUGAUAUUCACUGCCUCUCAUUUCAGUCAACAUUGUCAUUGCCAGCAGCAUAUUCAGAAGCUGAGUAAAAGCAGCAUGUCUCCUUGACACAAAGUUUGGGGUCUUUUUUUUGUUUGUUUUGUUUUUGUCUUUCAUACAAAGGAGCUUUGUGGUAGGACGUGAGGUAGGGAUUCAUGGCAUUUUCCUUCAAGUAUAUUUCUUCAUGAGAUUAUUUUUCUACUUCCCAACCUUUCCACUAUCAAGUCUAUGUGGGUCUCCACCAAUGACUCCUGUAUCCUCCAUUGUGACUAGGACUUAUAAGGCAGCUAGGGGAGUCUUGAUCUGUAUGAGGGACACAAUCUCUUCCCCUAGACAGUCUCCCCUCCAACCUGAUAGCUUGAAACACUUUUCUUUUGAAUAUCAUGGUAAUUUACCUUCCAUCCUAUUCCUGAGGCUUUCUCUUUCUUUAUAGGAAGGUGGUAUCAUUCCUUGACCCCACUGUGGACAUUCUAAUCUUUCCUUGUGAGAAGCUCCCAUGUCCUCAUUCUCCAUAUCAAUAAUAUUUGAGAAAACUAAAGAUUCCUUUUAGGCAGUCUUAUGUCCAGCAUUCAUUGGAAUCUGAGAAAAAACAAUUUUUUCUCCUGAAAUUCCUGAGGAUGAUUCCUAAUGUAUAGAGAUGUUAUUCAGACUAUUUCUACUUUCAAUAAAUGAAUGCCCCCUGACAGAGCCCAUAUUUUGUGGCUAGAAAGUAAAUUCUCUAAACAUCCAGGAUGGCUUUUCUCAACAGUAAGGCCAGCCUCAGGGGAGAGGACAGUUCAUAACCUAUAUGAAGAGACAGAAAUGUCUGACAGAGAACACCCCAUUUAUUGUAGAAAAGACAAAGCUAUAGAGCAGCGGGGUAUCACGGAUGCCAAAAUGUAGAUGGACACCAUCUUCUCCUGCAUUUUUGCUGCAGAAGGAUCUCCUCCCAAACCCAGAGCCUCUGGCAUUAGUGAAUCCUGCCCUGCUUCUCUCUUUCUCUCCCUCUGUCUCUCUCUCUAGCCCUAAACUGUCAGCUUUCCCCCCCCUUCUGAUUCCCCCAUAACAAGUGAGACCUGCCCAGUUUAGCACUGUCACUGCCAUAAUCAGAAUAGCUGUGACCUGCACUUUCACCUACUGCUGGGUCCUCCUGGGCGGUGGGAUGAAGGAAGAUGGAUACGGGGAUUCAAAUCAAUACUUUGCCUAAUUCGAUUCCUCAGAUACAUUUGCCAGUUGCUAUCCCCAAAUGUUAUUUCCAAGGAGAGUGUCCCUGAAGGCAGGGGCUUUCUCUCUAAUACCCCUAGUGGUGUUUUCUUAUUUCUGGUGCCUCUAAGACUUCCUGAGGUUCUGACUAGUACCCUUGUGAACACUAAGCUCAACACAAUUUACUUAGCUGUACUCUGUGUCUCUGCAUCAUGCGCCCACCCAAAGUAGCCCCAUCUAAAAAAAAAAGAAAAAAAGAAAAACCCCAUCAUCUUUUUGGAGAGCUGCAUAUGAAAAUUCGAUCAUACACUAGACAUGAAACCACUAACCCUUACAUGGAUGCCUUUUUGUGACUCCUUAAGUAAACGGUCUCAAUCUGCAUUUUUCUUUUUUCUGGUUCUGUUCUCUUUUCUUUUUCCCCCCUGGUGCAUGUAAACUGUUUGCUGAUACAGUGCAAUUAUUUUGUGCAUUGAAAAAAAAAAGGGAAUGUUGAAUAUAUUCUGAUUUUUUUCUCAUUGAUGAAGUGGCUAAAAAAAGUUACCUCGGCCUUUUUUCUUUUCUUUUAGCUGAAAGAAAUAGCUUGGUUACUUAAAAAAAUGAUAAUAAAAUAAUUUUCUUUAAUGAA